GUUGUGUCAUUGCCUGUUAACAGUUUGCGUUCUUGCUCUGUUGUGGCUUAUGACAGCGUCGACGGGACGCCUGCCUUCUCCUGAGAGCCCUGGGCAUGUGCUGCACCAACAUAACCUCAACGCUCCCAGUGAGGGCUUGCCCACGGGCCGAGGCGGGUUGUUAUGCACUCAUCCACUUCCCACGCCUCAGGGAUCACGGGCGUUAAUGACAUCUCGCAGGUUGCCGGGAACUGUUGCUCCAACACCGUCUAUGCGCAUGUCCACCACCAGUUCGAAGAGGCGUCGGCUUGGGUUGCCAUCAUCAGGAAGAAAAGGCAUGAGGGCAAUAGACGAAGUCACGGAGAGCAAUUUCAAUGCCGUCAACACAGUCGCCCAGAGCGUGGCAAGAGGGCCCUGGGAAGGGGGACCCAUGACAGAAGACCGAUUUUUAUCACUCCAAGCCAACAACUACCAUCUCAAAGUAGAGGUGGCAGAAAAGGAUGAGAGAAUCAAGCAGUUGCUGGUCAGGCUACAAAGGGUGGAGGAUGUGGCAAAGAAGAAGAUAAUGGAGGAGCUGAAGCAUGUGAUGGGAGGGGAGCAGAGUCGACGCAGGACAAUGGUUGUGAUGGGGUCGAUCUCCCGCCAGUUUUAUGCAGAGCAGGAAUGUGAAAGCAAGCCAGGGGUAUGGUACAUUAACUCGCCACAGUACGGAGGGUGGAUUUUUGACGACAACUUGGAGGCUCCAAGGUGGGUGUGGGUCCUAAAGAGAGAACCUACAGUCAAGCCGGGCAUAUACCCUCCGUACGAUAGUAGGUGGAGGCAAAAAGGAGUGAGGAGGAUGGAGGACAAGGAAACGGGUUAUAUCUCGAAGCCAAUACUAGACGACUCGACGAUACAGGAUGAGCAACAAAGAUUGAAGUUCAUGGAGGAGCUCCAUGUGCUCGGGAAAAAUGCAGAACGGGGGUUUCUAGAAAAUUUGGCUGCCAGGAAUCAACAGCAAGAGCAACAUGAGGGACAAGAGGGCAGUGCAGAAAAAAUGGAGGAGGAACAGGGGGAUAACAUGGAAUGUGGGGAGGAUGAAGGGGAAAGCACAAGUGGAGAGAAUCACUCCUUAAAGAGAAAAGACCUGUCAGGGGAGAGGGAAGGAUUAGGUAGGCAAGAAGGCCAAUCGCAACAAGCUGAACGACAACAGAAGGGCACCGUAACUGAGAAUGCGAAGGUGAGCCGAACUGAGGGGUCGGAGGAUGGAGCAACACAAGGGGUGGUCAUACUUCAAAACAAUAGAUCACCAGCAGCAGGCAAGAUGGUGAUGAACAACAUUACAGUGGACGUAGCAGAGGGAAGAUGGGUGAAGGUUAACUUCGAGUUCCACGAGGAGUCAUACACUGUGUUGGUGGUAUACAGUCCCAAUGGGUUCCAGCAGAGGGCAGAGUUUGUGGGACAGCUUCAGGACAUUCUAGAGGCGGAUAAGCACUUAAUACUGGUAGGGGACUGGAAUGCUGCUGUGGAUCCUAGCUUGGAUAGAAUAUCUAAAGAGGGUAGACACUGGGAGGAUGGCUUGGCAGAAGAAGCUUUGCCAAUUCACAACAUGAUGACAAGCAGGGAUCUGGUAGACCCAUACAGACUGCAGUUCCCUGAUGAAAGACAAUCGGAUCUGGUGUUCUUCACAUUGAGGAGUGAGGAGUGGUGGGCGGGGUUGGACAAGGUGGUUGAUGUGAUGGAGCCCGUGUUCGGCCUCUUGAGGCGGAUGGAUCAGGACGGUACCGGUCCCACAAACCUUCUCGAGUAUGACGACAUGAUAGAAAGGAAGCUUAGCCAUGUCGUUCUUACGGUGGAGCAGCGGGCGAGCGUGAUGGAGAAAGUCAAAGAUCGCAUGAAGAUGAUGCGGCAGCCCGCCCACGCAACAGCCUUUUUUUUGGACCCGCGCAGGAGAGAACCGAGGUCGUUGCAUGACCAAGACAGUGCGCUUGUGCAGAAUACCAUGCGCUUUCUCUCGAGGCAGGUUGGAGGUGAAUGGAAAGGGCAAGGACACCUUGACAUUUGGAGUGACCUGAAUGAGUUCCACACCAAACCUACAAGGAACGGCCCGAAAAGGAAUGACACGAAGAUGUGGGACCCCACAGCGAAGGCGGAUGUUGACAAGAAGACACCGUCAGAAUGGUGGGCAGCACACGGUGGCGACGUGCCCGAAUUGCAGAAGGUUGCGAUCAAGGUYAUGGGCAUGUGGAGCACCGCGUCACCGRCUGAGAGRAACUGGGCUUCCAUGGACUUCAUCCAUUCCAAACGGAGGAACAAGUUGUCGCCAGAAAGCUUGGCGAAGCUAGUGUACAUACACUGGAACAUGCAGCUACUGCGUGUUCCGGAGACUAACAACAACGGAUUUGUGGACUUGUGGUGUGACUUCGUCGAGCCCGCCCCGGAGCCUGAAGAUAACGAUGGUUCGGUGUCGAAGGGGCCCGAGGUUGAGGCUGAGAAGACUGAGGAGGAGCUUGUGCGGGAACGGAGGCUCACAAAGACUCCGAAGGGAAGGGUUCCAAAAAAUCUCGAAGACAAGGACGAAGAGCUCACGGAUGACAGUGAUUUGGAUGACGAGCUGUGGAAGGGGAAGUGCGGAUUGUCGGAGGACUCGAGUGGAAGCGAAGAGGAUGACGACGAUGACUCCGAUUUUGAGCUACAACCGGAGCUAGAAGAGCCACGCCCGGCAGCAACGGAGCCCGGGGUAAGGGAAACUGCACUGUACAAUCCGCAAUCUGAUGUCGAGUUCGCACGGCUAGACACGAAUGUGGAGACGUUGCUGGAAACGAGGGUGGACGAAGAUGAGGAGGAUGCGAACUGUGCCAAGGCUAUGGCUGACCGGGAGACUGAACUCGUCAACAAACGUAUGAUGGAGGAGGAGGCCCGCCGUGCAGCUAUCCCGACCCGGAGAGAGAUCGAGAGAGGUCUCAAACAAGCCACGGAGCACCAACAGCAGAUCAAUCAGGCAUUGGAGGUUGAGGAAGAAGGAGAAGAGGAGGAGGAGGAGCACCAGGUUGAGGUGGGAGAUUACAUGGAACAGGAAGAAGAGGCGAAGGGCAUGGUGCAACCACAAGAGGGAGAGGAGAUGAAGCACCAAGAAGAAGAGGAAGGUACGGUGCAAGGCGGGGAGGAAGAGGAAAUGCAGCAGGAAGAGGAGGGGGAAGGAUUGGCGCAACAGAAGAUGCAGCACGACGAGGUCGAUACAGCCCGCGAAGACGAGCCCCAUCCCACAGCAACAGCAGUGUACACACGCAGGCCCCGGCCAGCGGAGUUUCCUGAGUCCGAGGAGAAGAUACCGGAAUUCCCCACAACGAGGGAGGAUGUCCAGCAUGACAACCUGUGGGUGAGCCGAGUGGGCAGGAAGAGAAAGGAGCCAUCACAGGACGCUCCUGCGCAGCGGAAACGUCCUCGUGGCAAACCCAGGAAGCAGAAGACCGACACGGCCACUACACCGAUUCGGCGAGCGUUGCCUGCGAGAGAUCCCAACUUACAGAAGCUGAAAGAAGAGACACAGAAGGAGAUUGUUCGGCAGAGGAGGAUUUCGGAAAUGGCUGUGGCAGAGAAUGCUGGGCUAAGGAGUCAAAUCAGCGAUCUUCAGAAGAUGCUGGUGGCUAUGCAGAAGCAACACAAGCCAGAAUUCGACUUUUCUUCAGUCCGAAGCUUGCUUGACAAAGCCAAUUCUAAUGCUCCAUCCUUUGGUCAGCCGGAGCAUAUGUCCGAGCUAAGGGGAGCGAGGUCCAGAUCCCGUUCCCCACGUUCUUAUUCACCGUCCAGGUCGCCAUUCCGAUCCUAUCGUUCCCAUACCCCAGGAACAACAUCUCCGUCGCAAUCUCCAGUUGCACGGGCCCAGGGAAGAAGUGUAACUGGAACAGGUCAACAGAGAAUCUCUCCACCACGUCUAGCACUGGAGCGUGUGAUGGAGGCAACUGAAGAGGACGCCAUGAGGGGUAACAUAGGUAAGGGAAGGCGGGGCGGUCCCUUAGCUGGUACGGGGGUGGUUCAAACUCCAUUUACGGAGAAUCCUUCCACACAUGCAUGGACACCCAGAGAUGACCAGUCUUCCGAUGCAGAUGAUCCAGCGACGACUGUAAGGCGGGAGAAAAGAAAGGCUGAUACAGUGGGGCAGAGAGAGGACAGAGAGAAAAGGAAACGACGAGAGCAAGAAACAAGUGAUCAGGAGCAGGUCCAGAUUGAGAAGCAAAGAUGGAAGGAUGAAGCAGGAAGGGAUUCCACCCAACAGAGGAGGAUGAGCAUGUCAGGUGCUGGUAAAGGUCAAAGAGAGAUGAAAAUGGAUGAGACACACAAGAAUUUCGCAGCUCCCUCAGAUCAACGAGAUUUCUCUCCAGAGGGGAAAAGAGGGAGUUUUAGGGAUCCUCAGAGAGGGGUUAAGGAGUCUAAGAGGGACAGGAGAGAGGAAACAGGUUGGGAUGUAGGGAGAGCUGCAGAGGAUGGAGGAAGACAGGUACUAGUUGAGUGGGAUGAUCUGGGAAGGGAAACAAGAAAGGAAAGGGGGAGGCAGAGAGACAUGGAAGACCAGAUGGCGAGAGAAUGGGACAGAGAACGGGGCAGAGAUGUAGGCCAACGGCAGGGUGUGAGAGGCGAUGGUGGUGGAAUGCAAAGAGAUCAAGAGGAUGAGGAGGAUGAGUUUGACAGAGUAACAGAUGCUGAUGAUGACGACAGGGAGGCUGAGAGACGCGACAGAGAAAUAGGGGAGUGGGAGAGAGAAAGACAAAGAGAGAUGGAAAGAGAGUGGCAAAUGGAGAGGGAGAAGGAUGAGGCGUUAUGGAGGGAGAGAGACCGAGCGCAGAGGGAGAGGAUACAGAGGGAAAGAGAAUUAUGGAGAGAAAGGGAGCAGCAGAUGAGAGAUCGAAUGGAAGCCGAAAGAGAGUGGAGAGAUCAAGAACGCCAGAGGGAAAAGGAGAGAGAGAGGGAGCGACAGAGAGAGAGGGAGACGAUGAUAAUAUAUGGAGAAAAGGAAAGGCUGGAAAGAAUGGAAAGAGAAUGGGAGAAAGAGAGAAGAGAAUUGGAGAAGGAACAAUAUAUGCAUCGAGAACAACUAAAGAGAAUAGAGAGAGAGUGGGAAAGAGAAAAGCUGGAGAAUGAGAAGCUGCUGAGAGCCCUGGAAAAGGAGAGGGAAAUGGAGAGGGCCAGAGCCAAAGAAAGGGAUAGACAGAGGCAGAAGGAGAUGGAGACUUUGAGAGAAGAGAGGGCCGAGAGGGAGAGAAAGGAAAAGGAGAGGGCAAGAGAGAGGGAGCGAGAGAGGUCUUCUCUCAGGGGGGGUGGAGGAGGUGUCAAGGAAACUGUGAAAAGAGAUGGUGCAAGGUAUGCAGAGCAGGAUGGCCCGGACAGGGAAUCAGCAGGGGGAGGAGCAGGGGAACGGUUGAGGGGGAGAGAGAGGACAGAGGAGGGUGUGGAUGUGCACGUGAGGAAAGAGAAAGGUAUAAAAUGGGAAGCAGAUGAGGAGGAGCAGCAGCGGAAUCGGGAAAGAGAGCAGGAAACUCGGCAGAGGGAGACAAAAGAUUGGGAGAAGGGAAGCACAAGGGCAAAAAAGGAGAGGGAGGUUGGGGAGGACCGAAAAGAAUGGGAGAGAGAGGAGAGGAAGAUCAAGGAGAGAAAGUCGGACCACGAGACUGAAUUUGGAAGAGACAGAGAUCAGGGACAACACCGUGGCAAAAAUGACGGAAAUGCCAGAAAGGAUGGGAGAGAAGGGGGAGUGCAGGAACGAAAGGAGAGAGAGGGGCGGACGAAAGAAGACAGGGAGAGAGAAGGAAGGACGAGACAAGACAGGGAGAGACAAGGAAGAGAAAAGGAAGGGAGAGAGAGGCAGGGGCGAGAGGAAGGGAGAGAAAGGGACGUGAAAAAGAGGGAGGAGAGAAAGAGGGAGGACAGGGAAAAGGAGGGAUGGAAGGGAGAUAUGAAAGAGAGGGAAGGGAGAGAACAUGAAGGAAGGGAGAGAGAAACAUGGGAGAGGGAAGGGAAGGAGAGAGGAGAGAGGGUGAGGGGAGGAAGGGAGGAGGAAGAGAGGGUGAGGGAAGGUGGUAGGCGGGGUGGAAAGGAAGAAGAAAGGGGGAUUGAUAGGAGACCAAAGGAAGGCCGGGGUAAAGAAGAGGGGGAGGAGCAGAAGGAGAGGGAAGGAAGGGACUGGGAAGGAAAGGAGGGAGAAGGAAACAAGAAGGGAGAGAGAGUAAGGGAAAGGAGGGAGGAGGAGGGGGGGAGGGAAGAGAGGGAGAGAGGAGGGAAGGAGGAAGGGAGGCAGAGCAAUGGGAGCGGAAAGGGAAGGAGGGGGGAAGAAGGGAGAGAGGAAGCGAGGGAAAGGGGAGGACGGGGGAGCGACGGAAAGGAUAGGGAAGGAUGGGAAAUGGAAGCAAGGGAGGUGGAAGGAAAGCCCAAGGAAAGGAAAGAGAAAGGAGAGAGGGUGAGGGGAGGGAGGGAGGAGGAAGGGAGGGAGAGGGAAAGAGGGGAGACGGGAGGAAAGAAGGAAGGAAGGAAGAGGGGAGAUAGCGACUGGGGAGGAAGAGAGGAUGAAAGCAGGGAGAGGGAAAGGAGGGAGAGCAAAGGGUGGGAGGGGGAAGAAAUGAAGGAAGAGAGGGAGAAUGAGUGGAGGGCAAACAGAAAAGUCAGUUGGACCAAAGAAUCAGAUAGAGAGGAGGAGGAAAGCGAAUGGGAGCGUGGGCGGAAAGAAGAGAGGGAAGGGACAAAGAGGGAAGAGAGGAAUCGGCCAGAGGGGAGAGAGAGAAAGCGGUUCCAAGACAAGGGUAUGGAAGGCGAUAGUGGAGUACAGGAGAAGGACAUGAGGGAAACGGAGAGAAAAAAAUUGGAGGAGGAGAGACUGAAGGAAAAGGGAGUGAGAGGUGAUUUGGAGACUAAAUGGGAACAGGAGAGAGACAGAGAGAAGAGAAAGACGGAGGAAGGAAAGGACUUCAAGGAGGAAAAAAGUAAAUAUACGGAGAGGGAGAGAGGAAAAAAGACCUACCAACAAAAAGAUGUAGAGGAAGAUAGACAUGACUAUAGAAAACUGGAAGGGAAAGCCAAGGAGAUGGAGAGAAAAGAGUGGGAGGACGAGGAAGUGGAAGAAAAGCGAUGGAGAAAAGAUUUGGAAGUCGAAAAGGAACAGGAGAGGGAGAUAGCGGAGAUAAAGAGAAAAGAGGAGGAGGAGGAUAGCAGUAAGCAAACGGGGAAAGAGAGGGGAGAGAAGUAUCAACACAAAGAUGAAGAAGAUGAAAUAAGUCCCUCUACACCAUGGAAGUUGGAAGUGAAGUAUCGGGAGAAAAAAGUGCAGAACCCUAAGAGGGAGAAAAAGGGAGGAGAGACCGAUGUUUCCGAGGAAGAAAAGCAACCUGAGAGGGUCAUAGAGGAGAGGACACGUAGAAACGAAGACAAGGCUAAAGACGCUAGGACAAAGAAAGGGGAGAAACAAUAUCAGCAAAAGGAUGUUGAACGUGAGCUCCGGAGGAUUGAAACUAUAUCACCAGGUGAGAGGGACACAAUUGCGAGGGAGAGGAAACAUUGGGUGGAGGAUAAAGAAAGAGUAGAGGAGGAGGAUUGGGGAAAUGCAGAGGAGGAAGACAGUAAGGAUCAAUGGAGGAAGGAAGGAAAGGCAAGUGAUAGUGAAGACAUUAGGAGAGGCAGAGAGGAGAAACAAUAUCGACAUAAACAUGCUGAAGGUAAGUGGUUUGACACAGCACCUGUAGAAAAGGAAGUGGAAGAGAUGGGGAGAAGAGAAUGGGAGGGCAGAACAAAAACGAGAUGGCAGGAUGGAGAAGUGAAGGACAGGUACGGAAAAGAGCGGGACGGAAGAAUUACAAUUGAAGAGAGAGAUGCAAGGAAGAGGGAAAGAAAAGAACUUGAUAAGCAAGGAGAAAGAGCGAUAAAGGAGACAGCAGAGUGGGAGGCGGAAGGAGAAAAAGACAGAGAGGAAAGAGAAGGACGAUGGGAUGGGGAAAUCACAGAGGAUGGUCGCGAGAAGGAUGCAUGGGAAAGAAGGAAACAAGGGAAGGGAGAGGUGGCAAAAGGUAUGGAAAGGGAGGAGAGAGCAGCAGAACACAAGAGGAGGGACUCACGAAACAUGAUGGGAGUAGGCAAGGGGGGCUCAGGGGGGUGGGAGGACGACGAAUUUUGGGACGAUGAGAUGGGAUUCGCAGGGAGAAGCCUUAAGGGUGGUAGGGGUGUAGUAAGCAAAGAGGAUAAAGUGGCAUCCCGUGAUGCUGAUAAGAGAGAGAAAAAAGAAGAGUGGGAAGGAGAGAGAAGAAAAGUAGACCCAAAGAGCAUAGCUGGAGGGGAGAACAGAUUGGGAACCAGGGAACUGGGACCUAGCAAUGCGGAGGAAGAAAGGGAGUCCCGCAGUGGGUUAAGAGAGCGGAAGGAGACAAGGGGAGAGGACGGAGAGGAGAGUGAGGGAUGGGAUGAAGAUAUUCACAGAAGUCAUGACGAUCAUGAAAGUGCUGAAAGAGAGAGGGGAAGGCGUUGGGGAGCUAGUGGAGCGAGACCGCACAAUGCAGAGGAAAAGAGGGAACCCUGGAAUGGGUUAAGAGAGGGGAAGGAGAGGGAAGAUGAAGGGGGGGAGAGAGAAAGAUGGGGCAAAGAUAAGGUGAAGGGGGCUAUUGGCCAAAGUCAUGAAGGUCACGAAAUUGCUGAAAGAGGGAGGGGAAGACGGGGGGUCGGUGUGAAGAAGGGUGUUGAACAUGCGCUAGACAAAGAGGAGAGAGGUGGACAUAGCAUUCAAGAGAGGAGUAAACAGGAAGGGGAUCUGGAGAGGGAGAUUGACCCAGUCGAUUCUGACGACCACGCUUGGAAGUAUAGUCCUCAGAAAAGGAGGUCAUCAACUGAUGUGCAUGGGCACAGCAGCGAUCCCGCUGACAUUGACAGUGGACAUGGCAUGCCUCCAAGUCCUCCCUACACGGACGUUGACAUUCGACGUAACAUGUCUCCAAGUAGGAAGCCAUUGACUGAUGUGCACGUGAGCCGCAGAGAUCCUUACCACUCUGACAUUGACAUUCGACGAGGCAUGCCUCCGAUUACAAGCCAACGUCAUAAGGAGCAGGGAAAAGACAGGUCAGCACGGGAGCAUCCACGGAGUCCUGGACAAGAGGUGACAGAGGCAGGCUUGUCGAGAAAAGAAGUGGAUGAGGGAAGACAUGUUGCAUCUGGCUAUAAAUCACAGUCACUAGGUGCCCUGUCUUCACCUCUAUACACGAAGUCCUCCAUGCCACAUAAGGGGGAACAUCUUGCCCAGAUAGACGAAUCAGAUGUUGCAAGAACACAGGGUCAUCGCACAGAAACAGGUGUGGGCAGGAAUACCCAGAGACUCGUAGGGGGAUCUGAUGAGGGGUUAAGGUCUCCAUCCCGCCAUCACCCUUCGAGUGGAGGAGGUGCCAACCUUGCCAAUGAGAUGCAUCUAGCCUGGGACAAGAUGGGAGAUCUGCAAAGAAGAUAUGAACAUGCAAUGGAUACCAUAAGUGUAAUCAAGGCCAAUCAUGCGAGAGCAUUGGAACAGCUGGAGGAAGCAAACAAGGAGCUCGCUGAGGAAAGGAAACUGACAGCCAAGAGUCAAGCUAAUGAGAAGAAGUUAGCUAUGGAGUUAGCGGCUGCACAGGAGGUGAUACCUAUGCUUGACAGUGCUCAGAAUGAGAGGAUCAAGUUGGAGAAGGAAAACUGUCAGCUGCUGGUAAAUGCAAUGACAAUGCCAAAUGGGGGAGGACUUGAGGAAAUGAGAGCCAUCAAGGCUCAGAUGAAUGAGCUAUUCAAGGAGAGGGUAACAGCUGAGCUUCGUGAAAUCGACCUGCAGCGCAAGUUGGCAGAUAAGCAACGAGAAAGCGCAAAGGUUGCUGCGUUGGAGAAGGAUGUCGCGAAACUCAGAGCAGAACGUGAUUCAGCCCGCAUGGAGGGAUUUGGGAACAAGACGAUGACAGUGUUGAACCAUUGUGCUAAAGAUACAAAAUAUCCUUUCGCCUGGGUGUUACAGCUGCCCCAUGCAAAUCGACUUCGGCCAUCCCAGUGGCCCGCCUUAUUACCCUCCCUGGAAAAUGUUGCUGCAGGCAUAUUUGGUCUUGCACAGUAUCCGGGUUACUUGCCACUUGUAAAGUUUGGUUACCUUCCUGCGUUUCCCUCCCACCCAGCCCUUUGUCUGCAUUCCGGGUUUGGUAGUGCCACGUUAGCAGCAGUGCAACAUCAGCAGCAGUGCCAUAUCAGCAGUGCCACGUCAGCAGCAGUGCCACGACAGCAGCAGUACCAACGUCAGCAGUGCCCCGACACCAUGACAGGUUCAGUUUUGGGCAUGCCAGGCCAACUGGCCAACGAGUCCAUUGCCGAGUACCGACAGAGGUUCCAAGCUCAGCUCUCACUGAUCGAGGUUGAGGAACAGCGCCAGGCGGCAGCCAAGGCUGCCCGCCUACAGGCUGAAGCGGAAGCAGCAGCUGAAAAGCAGCGGCUUCAGGCCGCAGCUGACCCAGAUGCCCAGGCCCGCCGCAAGGAGGCCCAAGACCUGCUGCAGCGGCACGAAGCCGCGAGCGUCGACAGGCUCAAGUUCUGGCAUUUUGAACCAUGCGAGGGCCACGGCGACGCAACACUGGAAGAGCAGCACAAGGAGUUUCUCCCCAAACUCGUGACCCGGUUGGUUUACACUUGUAACCACCUGCAGUCCGAGAUGGCGAAUCUCCAAUGGGCAGUGCGGAACCACAAGGAUCUGCACGAGGAUGCUACACGGGCACUUCAUUCCCGUGUACAGGACUUGGAGCAAGCAGCACUAGGACCAGAUGCUAGCGAACCUAGCAAUGCAGCCUCAACCCGCCAGCUGGAGCAACGAGUUGACCAUGUAGUCGCAAUGCUCGGCGACAUCAGCACCUUCGCCGUACCAGCCACCAUCAGCGAGCAGCUCGACACCUUGAAGACCGAGGUUCGGCAACUACACCAGCCGGUCGACAACGAUGGCAGCACCAGUGCGUCGCAGUCGUACAAGAUGCCGGCGUGUCGGAUCGAGACGUUUGACGACUAUACGGAUCAGGACCCAGUUGUCUGGUGGCAAGGCUUUACAACAGAGAUUCACUUGCACAUCUCGGCGCUGCUCCUCAACGCCAAGGGCGGAUGCCAGAUCUGGCUCAGCCACAUGGCAACCAUCCACGGUGUCCAGGUCUCCGACUUGCACAAGAAGAUCUCCUGGGACGAUAUGACGAAGGAAUGGAAGAAGCGGUUCAUUGUGGACGACGCCCCGGGGCUCGCCAUCAAUUGCCGCUUUGCCUUGACUCAAGGCAACACACCGACACGCGAUUGGCUCACAGAAUGGCAAAAGAUUGUGGCAACACUCGAUCUCGAGUUGCCAUUUUUGCAUCUACGCCGGGAGUUCUACAACCAAUCGUGUGCCGCCUUGAGCCUCGCACUCGGUGAUCGAGAACAAUACAUGACGUUCGCCGAAAUCAUUGACAAGGCGCGUGAGAUCAUCAAGACCAACCGGGCUGCUAUGCACGAGAAGUCAGCGUGGCAGCCAAACCAUGUCGGCCACAACCGUGAUGGCGAACGCGGCGACGACCUUCUCAAUAAGCACGAAGUCAGUGUUGGUGAGGGUGACCAGCAGCAAUCUCGGCAGCGGCGACCCACACCGCGACCGCGAUUACCAGCUCCGUUGAUGGACGCCAGAGUAGGGGUUGUUGACCUUCGAAACUACCUUGCGAAGAUCGACCGUAAGUUCAAGACACAACGGUAUGGCAACAACGACGCCCCAUUGUUGUACAUACACAUUCAGAUCGGAGAGGUGACCUGCAACGCUUUGAUCGAUUGCAGAGCUACUCGCAACUAUAUGAGCCAAUAUUUUAUGGUAUGCGCUGGCCUGGGGCCACGCGUUCGGAGGAAGUCGCAGCCCACGCAAGUCACAAUGGCCAACGGUCACACGCACAAGUCAAUUGACCAGUGCAUCGAUUCCGUCCCCGUGUACUUUGCCCCGCAUGAAAGCGAGGUCGUGUCCUUCUACAUUUUGGACACCAAGUUCGACAUGAUCUUGGGCAUGUCGUGGCUGCGAAGCAAGGAUCACCCGGUGAACUUCUACCGCCGCACCAUUCACAUUCGUGAUCGGAACGGAGUACUAGUCCCGUGCACGGUGCCUCCACCUCACCCUUCGAUCAGCUGUCACGUGGUGUCCCCCGCGAGCAUUCGGGCUUCCAUCACUCGGGAUGACGUCGAGGAGAUGGGUGUGUGUUUUCUCCACGCCCUCCCUCCCCAGGACAUCCCAUCGACGGACGCAUCAACGGACCCACGCAUCACCCAGCUUCUCGACGCCUACGGCGCCUACCGCGCCUACGGCGACGUGUUCGAAGCCCCGCACGGAGUAGCACCGGAUCGGCCCAUCCGCCACAAGAUCAUCCUGGAGGCCGGGGCCAUACCUGAGCGUGGUUGCAUCUACCGCACGAGCGAGGAAGAGUUAAGUGUGCUACGGGCACAACUCGACGACGUUCUUGAGAAAGGCUGGAUUCGAACUAGCUCUUCGCCAUACGGCGCUCCCGUUCUCUUCGUCCGGAAGAAGAACAAGGACUUGCAGUUGUGCACCGAUUAUCGCAAGCUCAACGAGCAAACCAUCAAGAACGCUGGCCCUCUUCCGCGCAUCGACGACCUUCUUAAAUGGCUGGGCGGCGUGAAGUUCUUCUACAAGCUUGACCUCAAAUCGGGAUAUCACCAACUCGAGAUCCGGUAGGAGGACCGCUACAAGACCGCGUUUAAGACGCGA